CUACACUCACCCACCCACGCAUUACUCUCCAUCACCGCCGCUUUCGCCUCCAUAUGGCCUCCGCUUCCCCGUCCUCCUCCGCUGCUGCUGGUGCUACGGCUAGCCCCGCCGCCUCCCCAUUCCCAUUCCCGGCCGUUCCCCCUCGUUCUCUUCCUCACUCAUCCCGCCGCUUCCCCCCUCCCUGCUGGUCCUACGAAGAUACCCUAGCCCUCAUCGACGCCUACGGCGAUAAGUGGCAUUCCCUCGGCCGUGGAAACCUCCGUGCCUCACACUGGGACGAUGUCGCAGCCGCCGUUGCACGCGAGUGCCCCUCUUCCUCCGCCGUACCCAAAACCUCCGUCCAGUGCCGCCACAAAAUCGAGAAGCUCCGCAAGCGCUACCGAUCAGAGAAGCAGCGAUCACUUUUCUCCUGGCUUUACUUCCGUAAGAUGGACGCCAUGGAGCGCGGCGCGGCGGCAGCGGAGGAAGCUGGUCUUCGGUUCACGAUACCCAAGGCUGUACGCUCUAAGCUAGUUGGAUUCCGACCGAGUCCAAGGGCUGCGAUCAAGCCGGUGUUGGAGGAGAUGCGAAGGCGAGUGGAGGAGAAGAGGAUGAAGAUGAGGAGGAAUGACGAUGGGAUCCGGGAUGUGGCUUCUGCACUUGGUAUUUUUGGGGAGGAAUUUUUUAGAAUGGAGCAGAUGAAGGUGGAUGUGUCGAGGGAGAUGGAAAAAAUGAGGAUGGAGAUGGAAUUGAAGCGGACCGAAAUGAUUUUGGAUUGUCAGCGACAGAUCGUCGAAACCAUGGUUCACAGAUUUAUGGGGAAGUAGCGUCUUUGUUGUUCUUGAGGGAAAAAGACACCGCCAUUUUUUAAGGGAAAUAUUUGCGUACGUAAUACGCUUUAAAGCGGUAAGUGUAUGUAAUUAUAUUGCUUUUCAACUCGAUGAAGAACUGGUUUACGCUCGAGGAAAAAUCUGGGCUUUGACAGAUUUACUAGGGUUACCGUUUAGCUUUGUAGAACAAAGGUUAAUUGUCUUCUUUGGGUGAGUAAGACGCAUUCACUUUCUUCUGUAUUUCAAUCAUCUCUGGUUCAUUCUUGUUGUUUUCCUUUUAUUUUAUUUUUUUCUGGCAAUA